AACAAAUUACAGCAGAAGGCCGUGUCCUUCUUCACCUUCUGCCUUCCUCGUCUUCUUCUCUGGACAAACGCCACCGAAUAUGACGGGGAAGAAAGGAAAACAGACGCGGCGACCGGCACCGUCGCGGAUCCCGUCACGGCUACGCUAUGGCGUUGCUACCCUCGCUGCCACAGCAGCUCUCGGAUGGGGAGCAUUGCAAUGGUACACAGAUAAUCCGAUGGGCUUCUCUCAUUACCAAGCAUCCUCUGUCGACUGGGACGCCCGUCGAGAUGCGGUGAAGGAGGCAUUCGUCACGAGCUGGCAAGCAUACACUCAGUACGCAUGGGGCCAAGACCGAUACCACCCCAUCACGGCCCGGGGCUCGCAGAUGAGCCCCAACGGCCUUGGCUGGAUCAUCGUCGACAGCCUGGACACGAUGAUGGUGAUGAACCUGACCGAGCCGCUGGCCGAGAGCCGCCGGUGGCUGCACCGGAGCCUAUCGUACGACCAGGACCAAGACGUCAACACCUUCGAGACGACCAUCCGCAUGCUCGGCGGCCUGCUGGGAGCGCACCACCUCGCCAGCCGCUUCCCCGACGUGGCCUCGCGCCGCGACUCAGUCUAUCUGACCAAGGCGGUCGACCUGGCCGACCGGCUGCUCGCGGCGUACGAGUCGCGGUCCGGCAUUCCCUACGCGAGCGUGCACCUCGGCAGGAAGGCGGGCCUGCCCUCGCAUGCCGACGGCGGCGCGUCGUCCAUGGCCGAGGCGGCCACGCUGCAGCUCGAGAUGAAGUACCUGUCCCAUCUCACCGGCGACGAGCGGUACUGGCGCAGGGCCGAGAAGGUGAUGCAGGUGCUGGACGACAACGCGAUGGAGGCAGGCUUGCUGCCCAUAUUUGUCCACCCGGAAACGGGCCAGUUCACAACGGCCGAGAUCCGCCUGGGGAGUCGCGGCGAUUCGUACUACGAAUAUCUCAUCAAGCAGUAUCUCCAGACAUCCGGCCAGGAGCCCGUCUACCAAGAGAUGUGGGAGGAGGCGCUGGCCGGCAUCCAAGCCCACCUCGUCACCACGACCCGCAGGGCCGGGCUCAAGAUCGUUGCCGAGCUGCCGCAGGGCAUCGGCGGCGUCCUGUCGCCCAAGAUGGACCACCUCGUCUGCUUCCUGCCGGGCGCCAUCGCCCUCGGCGCUACGGGCGGCCACAUGCUCGCCUCGGCCCGCGCGCGGCCCGGCUGGUCGGAGGCCAGGGAGCAGCAGAUGCAGCUGGCGCGCGACCUGAUGAAGACGUGCUGGGCCAUGUACGCGGUGACACGGACGGGGCUGGCACCCGAGAUCGCGUGGUUCGAUGUCGCCGAGGAGGAUCUCGUCCGCCGCCCUCGGCGGCCCGGCGACCGGAUCAGCAGUAACAGUGGUGGUGGUGGUAGUAGUAUUAGGCGUAAGACGCGAGACUCGCUGGCGGCGUGGAAGCAGGACUUCAUCGUCAAGCCGCUCGACGCGCAUAACCUGCAGCGGCCCGAGACGGUCGAGAGCCUGUUCGUCAUGUGGCGCGUCACCGAGGACCCGCUGUACCGCGAGCUGGGGUGGAAGAUCUUCCGGGCGUUUCGGGAGUGGACGUAGGCCGGGCUGGAUAAGGGGUAUACGUCGGUGAACGACGUGAAUCACAUCGCGCCGCCGUUUAGGGAUAAUAUGGAGAGUUUCUGGCUGGCCGAGACUCUGAAAUACUUGUACCUGCUGUUCUCGCCGACCGACUUCCUCCCUCUGCAUGAGGUUGUUUUCAAUACGGAGGCGCACAUCCUGCCCCGGUUCAAGAGCGAAUGGGAGACGGGGUGGAAGCGGAAACGGUGAACAAAUGGACGCUUUUUAGGCCGAAAUGUAAAACAUGCAUCGAUUUAGAAGUUCACUGAUUGACUUGGCCCAACUCGAAGUCUGGAUUGUUACUGGGCUGACUCAGUGUCUCAGAUUGCAGUUUUGAAUUCAAGUGGCUUGAA